CACUUCCAUGAUUGCCUUCUGUUCAAGUUGUGUGACUCUGUUUUUAUUCUAACACCAAUGCCUCUCUGAUAUGGAGUCCUGCCUUCCUCUGGUUACAAGUAGUGGGGGAGGGGGCAGAAGACAGGCAGGAUAUGAACAGACUAGAAAUAACUGUGUGUGUGUGUGUAUGUGUGUGUGCGCGCAUCUGCGUGUAAAAAUGAGAAAAAAAGUCAAAUCUGGAGUAUGAAGCGGAGAUGUGUAUGUGGAGGAGAGGGUAGAGGUUCCCGAGCAUGACUUUUAAGGGAGAGGGCUUUCAGGAAGGAGAUAAGAGAAGUCUGCUUCCGGACCACUAACAUUCCUUUACCAAAAAAAGAGGGCCUACCUAAACUGUGUGGCUUAUACCUAUACUAUAGAUAUGUGUGUUUAUGUGUAGGCUAGCCUAUACAUUGGUGUCUUUAGUUCAAUUGGUCAGGGGGCUGGCUUUCAGGCUGAAUCAGUUUGAGUUUAUCAGGGUCAUGAGUAUCAGUCAUCCUCCACUGGCAGAAGAGAAACAUCUUGUUUGCUACAAGACCCAGGCUACUGAAAAUAAUGUUUUUCUCCGACAUAUUUUUGGUUGUUUCUUUGCUGACCUUUCUGCGGGACUUCCAUGUGUCCAGUUGUGAUCCCAACUGUACAGAUAAACCUGAGUUCACUCCAACCAGUCUGGUAGUGAAGUAUGGUGACCCAACCUCUGCCAGCUGCUCUGUAUGUCAGCAUGCUUGCCUCGGCGACGGCACCAUUUAUAAUGUGGAGAGCCCUGUUGGAAACUCAGCAAAAAACGGAACCACAAUUUCAUGGACGAUUGACAGACUGACUGAAUGGCAAACAUCUCCCAUGUGCUAUUAUACCAGCAAUACUGGUUACCAGUGUUGUAGCAUCCUGCCUGUAACUGUGUACCAGCCUCCAGACAGUGUGUCCAUCAGCUUUGUAAAUCACACUGUGCCGAUGUCUGAGGGUCAUCAGUACACUCUGCAGUGUACAGUAAAGGACGUUGCUCCUGUUGAAAAGCUCGUUGUGAUGUUCUACAGAGGACAGACAGCGCUGGGUCAACCUCAGUCCAACAACAACAUAGAGAAGAAACCAGUGACUGAGAGCUUCUCUUUAAACAUCACACCCAGUAAAGAUGAUGAUGGAGGCCAGUACUGGUGUGAAGCAAAGCUAGAACUGGGACCUGAUGGACCACAGCGCCCUCCAGUGGUGAUGUCAGAAAACAUCACUGCCACUGUGUACUAUAAGCCUCAACUAAAGUCAUCACAUUCAAAUAUCACCGUCGCAGAAGGAAACUCUCUACAACUGAACUGCUCGACUGUGGGAAACCCCAGCCCCAUGUACACGUGGACAUCACCUAUCCGUUCCUACCCCAAUGGCAGCGUUCUCACUAUCGACUCUGUAACGUCUGAGGAUAAAGGGCAGUACACCUGUUCUGUCAGCAACCGCAUGGGGACUGUCACUGUGACGUUUAAUGUGGAUGUCAAAGUAAGCUACUUGGGACUCAUUAUAGGUGUGAUUGCAGCAGUUGCUGUUCUGGUUGUCAUCUGUGUAAUAAGUGGAUACUCAUUUUUCUACAAAUCCAGUCGGAUCAGGACAAUCUGAAGGACGUUUUCUGUUUGCACACAAGACACUCUGCCGUGCAUUCUGUAGAGUAAGCCUGCAGUACGGCAUGAAAUAUGUAUGGGCUGGUUGCAUCUAGCUCUCCCUCAUUUCCUGUCAUGUCUGUACUGACGCUAUCUAAUGACAUAAAAUGCCACAAAUCAUAAAAAAGGAGUUUAAGUCAAGUUUCAACUUCAACUUCAACUAAACUGAAUGGAACAAGUCACUAGCUCUCUGAGCACA